CGUAAAGAGAAGCACAAACCUCAGAUCAGCUCAUUUCUCUGCAGUCGGUCCUUUAAGAAGAAGCUGCGCCGCUGGAUGGUCAAAGUUCGGCGUUUAUCCACCGGAAUCAUCGCUGGCUGCAGCCAUGGAGUGCAUCAAAAACUGCUGCAAGAGCUUCAUGAAGAAGCGGGAGAAGGAGCAGGAGACCCAAGUGAUCGCUUUGAAGAUGCCUCCAGAUCAGGUGGAAACUUCAGCACUUACUGAGACGAGGACGGGAGUCACAGAAGAUUACCUCCUUUCCAAGCUGCCGCCGGACGGCCGAGAGGUUCCCUUUGUUCUGCCGACCUUCAGAGCUUCAUACAUCCAACCCAGAGGACCCCAGUACCCCAAUCUACAGUCCGGCCUGCAGAGUUCAGCUCGCACCACGUAUGCAGAGAGGAAGGCCGAGCUGCUGGGCACCGGUCACUUCACCUACAGCCCCGAGUCCAGCAUCCGACAGGGUCAGAUGACCGAGUACAUCUCCCCCGGAUCGGCCCGCCGGGACACACUGAGGAGCAAGAACUCCAGUCCUCAGAGCCCAGGGUGGACCCUGAAGCCGGGCGGCCAGCAGCGACUCAGCAGUUCCAUGUUUGAUCUGUCCAGCCCUCAGAGUCACAUGCAGCUGCAGCGCUUCGAUUCCUCGUCCAGCGUCUUCAGCGGCACUUCUUCUAUGAUGAGCUCCAUGGAAAGCAGCCUCGAAUCCAUCACCCUCUCCGGAGACGAGCGCGACCUGGGGAAGGUUUGCGUCCGGCUGAACUACCAGGAGGCUGUGGAGCAGGUGUGGAUCACCCUGGUUCGGUGUUCAGACCUCAACCUGCAUCCAGAUGGAGCAGAGCAACAAAGGAUUGGUUUCAAAGCGAUCAUCACCAUCCCCAAACCUAUCCAGUUCAAGAGCUCCGUCAAGGAAUACGCUCAGGAUGUGUCCUUCAUGGAGACCUUUGUGUUUGCGCUGCGACUCCACCAGUUGCGAGGCAGCGCUUUGGUGCUUCGGCUGCAGACGCACAACCCAAAGAAACGCACAGUGGCCGAGUGCGUCCUCUCACUGAGACAGCUCGACCUCCAGGAGACCGAACACUGGCUCGACCUCAACCCUCCGUCCAAAUCUUCGGUGUCCCACUCUGAGCUGCAUCUCACCACCUGCUUUCAGCCGGUCAACGGUCGCAUCCAGCUUCAGGUCCUCGCCGCCCAGAACCUCCCAGCAUCCUCCUCACCGCUCACACAAGCGUUUUUUGUCAAAGUGGAGAUGCAGCAGCUGGACCAGGUGGUGAUGAAGAAGAAGACUCGGGCGCUGAAGGCCUCAGGGGGUCAGUGUCAGUGGGCCGAGACGUUUCACUUCCUGUUAGCGUCUUUGGAGCACCCCUGUUCGAUGACGGUCAAACUCUACAGUCGCAGCUCGGUCAGGAGGAAACAGUGUCUCGGACAGGUCCAGCUGGGAUUCGACAGCCCCGUCCCUGAAGCCGUGGACCAGUGGAAAGACACGAUGGCUCAUCCAGAGAAAGUGGUUUCAGAGUGGCACAGACUGAGCUCUACCUGAACCAACUUCCUCUUCACACACUGCUGACGUAACGCUCUCGUGCUGCAGGUCCGGCUGAUUACUUUUCCAGUCGACCAUCAGCUCUGAUGGACUGUAAACUGCUGCUCUGAAUGAGCCGUGAGACACUUCAGGUGUUCAGUCAUCGCUUGUAAAUACAGUCGGGGGUUUCGAACAAAGCGUAGGUGCUGGAAAGGCUUUUUGCUGUUUAGACUAAAUGAGGGUUUUUUUUUUCUUAAAAAGUACUAAAGAACUUGCAAAAAACUAACUUAACUUAGCUGUAUAUGAUGCUGUGUUCUGUGUGUAUCACUACCGUUUGGUGAGAACUUUGUCACUCUGUUUCUGCUGGAGAGAAAGUUUACAAGCAGAAAAUAGUGGCCAUGAAGCCGAAUUUACUGUUUUAGAGACUUUGUGUUAUUAGUCUGUAAAUAAGAUGAGUUUUAAAGGAUAUAAAUGGUGGUGUUCUGUAUUUUUCUUCUUGAAAACAAACAUCUACAAGACUGUUUCUCACUAGUUUCUCACAGAUGCAAAUCUUUAACAAAAAAAAAGGUCACAAUCAUUUAGUUUAUUUACAAAAAAAAGACUAAUGAUGAAUGUCUUAAAACAGCUGGGCUUUGUAGUUUUUAGCAAACAUUACAUAAACUAAAGAAGCAAAUAGUUUAUUUGUGAAGACCAGUUUUUGGUGGAUUUAUACAUUUGUUCAGGUAACAUUUUCAUACAGAGUGUAAUUAUUCCAUCAUCUAAGAACUCUCUAAAAGAGGGACCUUUGCUGAUCUUUAUUUUGAAAAUCCUGGGGUUUUAUUUCAGUCUGGAUGGGCAGCUACUGUUUCCUUCUUGAUUGGCUCUUGGACUCUACUUGUUCCUCCCUGAUUCUUGUUCAGGGUUGCAGAUAUAAUUCCUUUCUGGGGCCGUUGUUUAUAUUUAUUUUUGAAAGAUUUAACCUGCAUUUAAUGUUUUUACAUGAUGCCAUUUUAACAUUUAUAUAUUUAAAUGUACAGCUGCUGAUUAAAGGAACAGCAAAGAGUGAUCUAAACAUCUACUGAAGUUUAACUUUCCAACCCAAUUUUUCCAGAUUUUAGUUGAGACAGCUCUGUACCAUUGUGGGUUUUUUGGUGUCUAAUCAAUAGAAAAUUGCUCGGUGACUCAUAGAUGUUAGCUUGAAAAACUACAACAUCCAUGUUCUUAAUAAUGUAGAAGGAUGCCGCAAGUGCAACAAAUAUGCUUUAAAGAUCUACUUCAGUCAAAGUGGUGUUUUUUAGAUGUAUCAUGAAACAAAGCACCGGCGAUUACACGAGUCUCAAAAACACAGAUUCACACUUCCUGGGUUUCAUACAUCACAAACCUACAGAACCAAUCCUGUCGACUUGUAAUAUGGGACUUUCUGUAUCAUUAUUCUUCUUUAGAAUCAGUUUCAACAUGUAUAUCUGAGUUACUCCAAUAUCACAACUUCCUAUUUUCAGUAGUUUUACUGUCUAAGCAGAGCUAUAUGUGAGCUGGUGUGCAGAGACUUCACAAGUCUGCACAUCUAAGCCAUUUUCAAGCAGGAAUGAACUAUUUUAGUGGAGGCAUUUGCGAUAAAUACGUAGCUUCAAUACGCAAAGAUGAGUUUUUAGGGGUUUAAUCAACGGAAAAGUACAAAAAGUCACUUUAUUUAUCUUUUAAUUCCCUGAAAGUUGAGCGACAAGGUUUUAUCUUUUUCUUUGUAUGACGUCAUGUUACUGAACAAUACAGCAGCUUCACGCUUUUGAUAAAAGCACUUUAAAAAAUUUUUUAAAAAUGUAUUUAAUGUUGAAAGUGUUCUGUGAUUAAAAGCAGGUUUUGUUUGCAA